AGAAAUUCAGGCAACACUACUGUUUUGUUUGAUUCCAUCACUAUUUUAUGUCCUUUCCUUUUUUAAAUCUCAGAAUCACCCCUUUAAUUAGCCUCCUAAUCAGCUCUAAUCAAAGGGACAAUGCUGUCAUUUAAUGGGAGUUUAUUAUGUGUUUUUGUGGUUUGGCCAUCCCUAAAACCAGUAGGAGUAGUAGUCGCCUCCUCAAAAGUAACGUUAAAAGAAAGAGAAGAAAAGGCACAAAAAACAGGCACAUAGAAGACAGCAGCACCAUAUGAUAUGAAUCCUGAAAAUGAUAGUCAAAGAAGAACACAGGAGCCUUUUUUUUUUUUAUUUAAUUUAUUUUUAUAUUUUUAAUUGGACACUGACUGAAUCUUUGGCAGUUCUCUGUCCCUCAACAACACUCCACUCUUUCCCCCUGUUCUUCCUCCCUUCAUGUGAGUGACCCUGACCAAGGCACCUUUUUCCCCUUAAAACACUCUUCCUUCAACCUGCAUCUUUUUUCCCACUCCCUCAUCUGGUAAAGAUUCUCCCUUUUUUCACUUAUUACUGUGCUGCUGUACUUGUGGGUCUUUUUGGGUGGUUUUGGAUUUGCUUAUGUUUAACUCUAUUUCCUGAUUGAUAGGAUAAUCUCAUUUUUGUGGGUAGCAUUUUUUGGAUUAGGUUGGUGUUCUGUAGUGAGCUAUUCUUGGACGAGGCUUAUAGCUGAAGAGAUUAGAAGGACUGAUUAAUUAUGGUUAAUGGGUUGUUAGAGAGUUUGCUUCCUUUGGCUUCACUUCUCUGAGAUCUGUGUGGGGUAUGGUUAAUCUUAUUUAGCAAUGUCUUGGUUUUUUUUUUUUUUUUUUUUUUGGCUUAUGCUGUAAGUGUAGGAAUUUCUAUUUUUAUUUUUUUGGAUUUUGUAAUCACUCUUUUGGCAAUUUAGUAAUGUCUGUGUGUCCCACGGAUUGCUUAUGCUUGUGAGAUUUAGUAAUGAGGCAGCAAAAAUGACAUUCUUUAUCCUUUUAUGUUCAAGAUUUGUUCAUACACAAGCUGCAUAGAGUGUAUGAGGAUUACACGGUUCUUGAAGAGCUUGUUCAUUCUGAUCCUGGUUUAAAUUGAAACAUGGGUAUCUUCAUUCAAUUAGUUGUUAGCUUUUUGUUUCUUCCUUUUCUCAACCCCCUCCUUAACUAUUCGGCAUUGUUUUAUGGCUAAGAUCUUUGCAUUUUCUUCAUUAAGCUAAGCUUCUUAUCCUGUAUUAGUAGUGGUAAUGACUGCAUUUGUGGUGGACAUGCGUUUAAAUGAUUGUGUGUUCUGCACUGAUACUUUGCAAUGUUUGAGAAGUUCUGCUCCUGUUCAGUUUUUGUGAAUAUCUAUGUCACUAAAAUGGUAGAUUUUGUUUUUUUUUUUAUUUUUUAUUUUUUAUUGGUGUUUAAGCUCUCGUAUAUAAUUUCCGCCUUGGGAUUUCAUUUAGCAAAUCUGCAUUUUGGGAUUUGUUUCUGUUUGAACCAACCUGUUUUGGUUCUGAUUUGCAGGUUUCAUAGUAAUCAAUGAACUUAGGACAUGGAGUUGGAUUUUGAAAAAUUCUGUGUAGUUGAUGGAAGUCCAACAACAGUUCUUCGAUCUUCUCGGCGGCGCUCAAAAGUCGAUAAGAAGACUGUCAAAGGUUAUCCAGAAUGCCACAAGGAAGAACUUUGCUCCAAUGAAGACUUUACUGAUAUCAAUUUUCAUCGCUUUCGUAGUGUGUCCUGCAAAACUUCAUCCAGGGCUCUUCCUCUGGACUUUAAUGAAGUACGAAAGAGGGGCUCGGUAUAUCAAAGCUCCAAAGAAGUAAGGUUUAUGAGGAAAACUGAUCCGGCAGAAAGUAGGAAAAAAAUUGAAGUGUCACAUGCUAAUGCCAAUUUGCUCCCAUUUGGAAUUGUGGAAUCUCUGUGUGGCUCAGACGAGGACAACUCGCAAGUGGAUCAGAAGCGAUCCUCAGUGAUGUCUUUUAAUUCAGACUUCAGUGUGGCAACUAGCAGUAAAGCUGGUAAGGAGUUGCACUCUCAAGAUCAUUUUGAUCUCUCUUUUUGUCCUGUUAAAAUUAGAAGUGUCCCGUCAGAUAAUUCUUUGGAAAAUUCAAUUCAUUCACGUAGCACUGAUUAUGCUGAAGCUGCACAAAGGCCGCCAGUGCAGGACCCAAUGUUUAAAUCUAAGCCAGUAGUCGUCCCUGUUAAUGAUGGUAAUACCAUGCUGGAAAGAGAUCUUGCCAUGCCUUUGCACAAGUCUUUAUCAGCUAAGUUAGCGCUGCCUCAUUCUCCUUCUCACUCUGAAAGUGAUAGCUCUAGAGCUAAUAGUCCAAAGACCAGGUUUGGUCCUGUUAGGAAAGUGUUGGAUCCAUUUGUGAAAUCAAAGUCGCUGAGGAGCCCCCUUAGUUCGUCUGUUGAGCCGCCAAGGGAAAAUAUAAGCAAGCAUGUAGGCAUUAGCCAAAAUAAGACUUUUCGAAAGUCUCUGCUACAUGAUUUCUCAAACAUGAGAAAGCGAGUGGAAUCAGAAUCUUGGUCUUCAAAGGAAAGUUACCCUCAUCUUGUCCGGAACACACCUGCUCACUUACAUGGCCUUCUUAAGUUGCACAGAAAACAAGGAUUGCCAAGUUUUGAGUUCUCGCUGAAGUUUCCUGAAGAUGUGCUAGUGGCCAAGACGUGGAAAGCUGAAAAUGGAUUAAAUUGGAUAUAUACUUUCCAUUCAGUUCAUGAAAGGAGGAAAAGUAAUGCAAGUGGAUGGGGAUCUAAAGACAGCCUUAAAGUAUCGUCCGUGCUAGGCCAGAUGCAGGUAUCCUGUUAUUUAUGUGCAGAACCGAAAGAAUUUGGAGCUUUUGAUCAUUCUAUAGUAACAGAAUUCGUGUUGUAUGAUAUUGCUCAACAAAGAAAAAGUGUUUCAGUUCGAGAUAAUCCUUGUUGCCCAACUGAUGUUUCUAAGGAAUCAAAGGUCUCUAAUGAACAUUCACUUCAGGGUUGUCAUAACUCGGACGAAGUCUUGGUUAAGUCUAAGGCACAAGGACACACAAAGCAUGAUCGUGAGAGUUUUCAUUCUGACCCAUCAAGUUUUCAUCCUUUGGCUGCCGCGGAAUUGAAUCCACAUUUUCAAAUAGGAGCUGUUGUUGUACAAGUUCCAUAUGAAAAGAGAGAGAGCUUGAAAAUCAAAAGUGGCGACAAAGGAAUUGGUAGACCACUUUUAAAUGUCCUCGAGUCCUCUGAUGUUGAGGAAAGACGUGAACGAGUUUCCAACUGUUCACGUGCUGCAAAAGUGAAUGUUGUAGUCCCAUCAGGUAGUCAUGGUUUGCCAACAACCGAGAGUCAAUGCUCUUCGCCACUGUUGGAUAGAUGGAGGUCAGGUGGGGGUUGUGACUGUGGUGGCUGGGACAUGGCAUGUCCCAUCAACAUAUUUAGCAACCCGAAUGUCAGGAUUUCUGAAGAUCGACUCCUGAUAGCAAAUCACCAACCAUUGGAGCUUUUUGUUCAGGGUAGAAGAGACAAUACACCAGCUUUGAACUUGAAAGUGCUAGAGGAUGGUCAGUAUGCAGUGGAUUUCCAUGCGCAAUUAUCCACAUUGCAGGCAUUCUCGAUAUGUGUUGCUGCCUUGCAUGCAAUGGAAUCCUCCGUCAGAGUGCAUCCGGAGCAAACUGAGCAAUUGCUGCAAAGCAAUUCUCUGAGGAUGUUCAUUGAGGAGGAAGUCAAGAGUCUGAUGAAUGCAGUCACAGAAGAAGGGAAAUGUAAAGAAAAUAAAAGGAUGGAAGCAGUCUUGCCAUCUUUUUUAGUGAACCCGCCCUUCUCCCCUAUCUCGCGAGUGUAAACCUGAUUUCUGUUCGUAACAAGACAAUUCGAAGAGUCAGGAAAACCGUAACUGCAAAAAAUUGGUUGCAGCAGAAGCAGUAUUUGAUACUGAACUGAGGAAGAGAGGCAUCCACAGUCCUUCAUGAAGAUGCAACAAUCAUGCAGAAGGCUCCUGAUUCAAUGUACAGGAAUGGACACAGACUCGUCCACACGUUAUGAAUCGCACCGCAUUGGGGACUUGGAGUUCAACCUUCAUUCUGGUCCAGGUUUUAGUGCCAUUAUACAGAUUGAAAAACCACACUGUUCAUAAAGUUUAGUUUAAUAUCAUCAAUCAUUCAUUUGGGUAAGAGGAAAUUCCAUCAACUCAUCCAUUUACUUUUUGUAAUUGAUAGCGAAUAUAGGAUUUAGGGGGGAAAGAAACAGAUCCAGAGGGGUGUUUUAAGAUGAUUUUGCUCUUACUUGUUAAAACUCUGUACCUACAGCAAUAAGGCAGAUUUUUUACCACAUUGAUCAUCAUGUUUGUCGUUUUUCCCUUCCGAAAGGUUUUAGUGGAUCGUGGGGAGUAGUAGUAAACGAAGG